GCUGCCAUCGCGCCCUCGCAACUCCACACGCUUAGAUACGGCCGUGGCCCACAGCGCAUUCAACGCGUGCUUCUUUUUUUUCCUCGCACACACACAAACACACACAAUUGCACCCCGAUCCGAUACUUCUGCCUAUUGUUGUCCUUGUUAGCUCAGCACGCAUCUGGCCCCUCCCCAUUGGCUAUUGCGGCGCCCAGCACCACCACCUCAGGCAUCACACAUCCAUCCUGACAAUCAUAUCACACGCCCACACUGGCCCACCUACCAGAUCCAACACAACCCCAGGCCAUUGGUGUUCGAUAGUCUCCGCAUCGCAUAGCAAUCGCACCACUUCACCCAUCCCACGGCGCACCACAAACACCACGCGACCCGGACGAGUAACGUCAUCGACGCCGCCAUGCCGUCACAGCGUCGCAUGAGGCUGUCUGUCAUCCUCAUCAUCGUCACAAUCACAGUGCUCUUCUACAUGUCAAGAGGAGCCCGCCAGACAACAUCGUCCGACUUCUUCACAAAGACGCAGCAGGCGCUGCAGGAGAAGGAGUAUGCAGAAGCCGUCAAACAGCGCGAUGCAGAGAGUGUUGGCUCGCGCCUCAAGGCUGCCGAGGACCAGGCCAAGAAGCAUGCCGAUGACAAGUACGCCAAAGUGAAAGCCGGCGUCGAAGGCCCAGACAAGAAGGGUGUAGCAGGCCGCGUCAAGAUGGAUGGCGACAGAGUACCGGGCGUUGCUCAACAAGGCGGCAGGCCUCGCGAUCAGGCUGCCAUGAUGGAGCAUGAGACCCCCGAGGACCAUGAAGUCGAGAUGGAGCUCAAUGCGAUCCUGAAAAAGAGUCCGAUGAUCAUCUUUUCAAAGUCUUACUGUCCCCACUCGAAGAAGGCAAAGCACAUUCUGCUUGAGAAAUACAACAUUGUUCCUAAGCCCUAUGUUGUCGAGCUGGACCUCAACCCCAUGGGCGAGAAACUACAAGCCUUCCUACACAAAUCCACUGGCCGCAGAACUGUUCCCAACGUACUGCUCAUGGGCAAGAGUAUUGGAGGCGGCGACGAAAUGCAGGAGCUUGACGAGACUGAUGCUCUUGUAACAAAGGUCCGGGAGAUGGGCGGCAGCCGUAUCACCGAGGUCGAGCAUCGUGGCGCCCGUCCACAGGCAAAGCGCCAACGGAGGGCAGCGUAAACCCUACUGUGCUUGCUUUGUAGUCUAUUUUGUCAUGUAUCUAUCAACCGUAUGUUUUGGUGGCUUCUUCCAGCGUCAGAGCGCUGCAUGAUGAACAUCAGGGUGGACGUGGAAUGGUUUGUAUACCCCUAUGCAUCUCGAUUGGCG